AUGGCCACAAUUGAAGGUCUUACUUUGAUAUUUGAAUAUCCUACUUCUUCUUCUGCUCCUACGUUGAAGACCAUCUUGUCAGCUAUCAAGGGAAUAGGGUCUCAAAAUAUUCAUAACGAUUCCAUUAUUCAAAUUUCCAAGAUCCAUACAGUUUAUAAGCUUUCUAUUGAAAAAAUAUCAUUAUAUGCACUUGUUGAAGACAUCAGUACUGCUCAAUCCUUGAAUUUGAAAAGUUUGAACCAGGAUGAAAGUGAUGAAGACGAUGAAAGUGAUGAAUACGAUGAAGUUGAUGAUGACAACGAGGACAAAAUUAACAAAAAAUCAAGUAAUAAGGACAAUAAGGACAAAAUAUCAGUGAUUAAUCCAAAUUUUGUGUUCUCAUUCUUGGGGAAACUCAUUGAAGUGUUGAAAGAUUAUUUUGGUACACCGAUUAAUCCAAUGAAAAUUCAAGCAAAUUAUGAUAUUAUGUGUAAUUUGAUGCAAGAAAUUUUAGAAGGUGGUUAUCCAUAUAUUACAGAUUUAAACACUUUAAAAGAUCUUGUUCCAUUCAGCUCAUCAAUUGGGAGUAAAUUAUUACAAACUACAAAUCAAAUUGCUAAAAGUUAUUCAUCUUCAACUAGUUCAUCUCAAGAUCCUAUUGCAAAUUUAAAUUCCAAAUCAACAGAUAAUCAAAUUCCAUGGAGAAGCUCAAACGUUAGAUAUACAAAUAAUGAAUUGUUUGUUGAUAUUAUUGAAACUAUUAAUGUCAUUUUAACUCCACAACAAUUCAAAUCAAGAAAACCAUUAAAUGGGUCUAAUAUCAACAAUAAAUUAAAUCUUUAUUCAAAUUCUUCCAUGCCACAUAAAUUAAUACCCACUGUGGCAAAUAUCCAAGGAAGAUUAGAUUUCACUUCACAUUUGAGUGGUAUACCAGACAUUUUAUGUAACUUGAAUCUAAAUGGUCAUUAUCUGGGAAUUCCAUCAUUACAUAGAUGUGUUAGAACAGAAAGAUGGAUUAAUGAUGAAGGUAAAUUAUCAUUUAUACCACCAGAUGGGAAAUCUACUAUAAUGAAUUAUCUUAUUGAUUUAGAUUCUUACACACAAUCUAAGACUCAAAGAAAUAUUGGAUUUAUAACACCAGAUUUUAAAACUGGAUUAGGUUUGAAAAAAAAUGAAUUUGAAAUUGAUUUAAAUAUAAAUUUUUUCAAAAAUGUUUCAAAAAUUGAAAAUUUAAAAAUUGAAAUUCAAACAGGAAAUCAAUUUAGUAUAAAAAUUUUAAGAUUAAGUCAUGGUGAUUUCCAAACAAAAUCAAAUGGAAAAUUUGAAUGGAUUUUCGAUCCUGUAAUAUCUUUAGGUAUAAAUCCAAUUUUACGUGGUGUUUUGGAAAAAAAUGAUGAUUUUGAAGAUGAAUCAAGUUAUAAUCAAGAUGAUACAGAUGAAACUGAAAAUAAUAAUCAUCAUUUACCAGAAGCUCAUUUCCCAAAAUUGAUUAAAUUAUCUUAUAAAAAUAAAGGUGCUGUUCCAAGUGGUAUUAGAGUGGAAUCCUUAGAGAUUAAAAGAGGUCUAAAUGAUAUUAAACCUUAUAAAGGUGUUAAAUAUAUAACACAGACUGGGGAAUUUAUCAUACGAUAA